AAUAAGAAUUAUUGUGUUUACGCUUGUGCUUAUGUUUGUGCUUGUGCUGUCGUCGCUGGUAAAAACCAGGCUUUAAUGAGAUUUUGCUUUAAGUUUCAAGUCUUUCAAAAGCUCAUCAAAAUAUCCAAAGAACAGCUUUGUUCAACAUAGUCGCUAUUUUCCCGGUUCUUUUUUCAAAGCAGCACUGUUUGUGAAAGCAAUACACGACUGACUCAGUUGUGAUUUGUUGCCGUUGAUGUUACUUACUUCUUUUGCCCGCAGCUGUUUUGUGUUUUAGCAAUGCUAAUUUUUGUAUCAUCAAAUCAACACACAUGACGCCAGCGGAUGUUUCUCACUUACGAUUAUCAUUAUCAUUUCACAGCACGAAAGCUCUCAGAACAGGAAAAUGGCGUCGAUUGGAAAGGGAGUAAUUUUUCUUAUUCUGUUCCUUCUGUGGUGGGCUUAUGUUAUCAUAGGGAUGCUCGUGUUUAAGGCUGUAGAAAAUCAUGCGGAGAGAGAAGAUUACUAUUAUCGCCAUGAAUGGAAUUACGGAGAUUCCUUUUGGUUUGUCGUGGUUUUGCUCACGACUAUAGGUUACGGAGAUUUCACCCCGGUCACUUCCCUUGGCAAGAGUCUGUGCGUGGUGUAUGCUUUCUUCGGUAUCCCGAUAACGAUCUUGUUGUUUAAAGUCAUUGGCCAGCAGAUGCUGCAAGGCGAGAGGUCGCUUAUCAAAACCAUCGAGAAGCGCUUUCUGGGAAGAAACGGAGCUCCAAGCUGCUUGAACGAGAAAUGCCUUUUGCUUGCGAUUGUGUACUUUCUGUUCCUGCUCCUGAUUGGCGCCGCUGCUCAUAUGAAAGCUGAGGGCUGGAGUUAUAGAGAUGGUCUGUAUUUCUACGCGAUUACGUUCACGACUGUCGGCUUCGGGGAUCUAAUUCCUCACAAAGAGAGAUAUAUCACCGUACCGUUCAUACUUUUGGGGCUGAACGCCAUCUCCAACGUUAUGCACGCGGCCGCUGCACUGACGCUGAUCAAGCGUGUUACCUCGGGCUCAAAAGAACGAGAAAACGGAGAAGCUGAAGUUUGAAGAACGAACGAAACCUUCGACAAGACCGUUGCUGUACAGAGAUUCUAAAACUGAACGUAGAAACCUACAAUAGAUACAUUUCAACUAUCUACAGAAAAAAGAAGGUUCAAAGCUUGGGGAAUAGAUAAAAAGUAUUUGCUUUGAUUUAAUUCGUUUACAACACCGAUUUUCAAACUUCAGGUUUUUUUCUUAGCUGCUCUUGGUUAGUAUUAUUACACACUGUACAGAUCCUUAAUAUUCUGUAGCGUCAGCAGUAACUGACCGUAUCAUUAUUUGGGUUGAUAUUUACAACUGCCCCUAUUUAACCAACGUACCCAAAGAAAUUCUCUAUGUCCGAAUUAAUAGGCCCGUGGGGGGGGG